AUGUUUUUCGAGUCAAUCCAGCCUGGGGUUCCAGACCACAUGUACGACUUAAAAAAGAAAGCUGACAAUGACUUAUCUCCGUCAAAAGCUGACCUUGGUAUCGGCAUCUACCGCAAUGAGCAGGGUGCUUACCAAGAGCUCCAAUGCGUCAAAGAAUACGAGCUGACAACAGGGAAUCCUGGGUAUCUCGAAGAAGCGUCCGGUGUAAUUUUUGGCCAGGGCGGCAUCUCGUCAGCCAAGGUGAAUUGCCAUCGUCGCACGUCCUUGAGAGCAUCCAAUCUAACCAAGUGGCCUUCCCAGAUAGCCUCUGUUCAGACAAUCUCCGGAACUGGAGCGGUUCAUCUCGCCGCCCUAUUCAUUUCUCGGUGCAUAUCUCCCCAUAUCAAGGUGUUCGUUGGUGUUCCAACAUGGGGCAACUACAAGCCUGCCCUUGACCUCGUCGGUCUCCAGACUAUAGAGUAUCGUCAUUACAAUCCCUCGACUCGUUCAUACGAUCACAAUUCGACCAUGAUAGCCAUUGAAGAAGCGCCUGCAGGCAGUGUCUUCAUCUUCCAAGGGUGCUGCCACAAUCCAACUGGUGCCGAUCCGACCCCUGAACAGUGGUCCGAGAUUGUAGAAGCCCUCAAGGUCGGGAGUCAUCUCCCCUUGUUCGACCUCGCGUACCAGGGCCUCGGCCAAGGGCUAGACGAAGAUGCCUACGCAGCCCGUCUUUGCGCCAGACGAGGACUUGAGUCACUUGUAUGCCAGUCCUUUUCCAAGAACUUUGCCCUCUAUGGCGAGCGGUGCGGCACUCUUCAUGUUGUCUGUAACGACAGCAGGGCGGCAGCAAACGUGCACGACCAAAUGCGCUGCCUCAUCCGCUGGGAGAUCUCGUCCACCCCAGCAUACGGAUCGCGCCUCAUCAAAUUUGUCUUGCAGGAUGACCACUUGAAAGCUGACUGGAAAGCUGAGCUCUCGGCGAUGAGGGAGAGACUUGCAAGUCUCAGGCUGCAGCUGUUCGAACAGCUCACGAAGAUUCUCCAUAAGAACGCAGACGCCCGGUGA